AAGCAGGUGUCCAACAUGGCGAUCACGGGGAGCGGAUCUCUCGCUAUUUCUCUCUCUGUUUUUGUGAUUUCAGCGGCGUUUCUUCCUAAAGGAGCUGCUGAAACCGUGACAGUCGAAGGUCAGAACCUGGGGACAGACAACGUGUCUGUGAUCGAGGGGGAAACUGCCACCAUCAGCUGCAGAGUGAAGAACAACGACGACUCUGUCAUUCAGCUGCUCAACCCCAACAGACAGACCAUCUACUUCAAAGAUGUUAGACCUCUGAAGGACAGCCGGUUCCAGCUGGUGAAUUUCUCUGACAACGAACUGCGGGUGUCUCUGUCCAAUGUGUCACUCUCCGAUGAGGGACGCUAUGUGUGCCAGCUCUACACAGAUCCUCCUCAGGAAGCCUACGCAGACAUCACUGUCCUGGUCCCGCCAGGCAACCCAAUCAUUGAGAGCCGCGAGGAUGUGGUCAGUGAGGGGAACGAGACGGAGCUCACCUGCACAGCCAUAGGCAGCAAGCCAGCUGCCUCCAUCAGAUGGAUGAAAGGGGAGGAAGAACUGACAGGUGAGACAACAAUUGAGGAGACGUAUGACAGGAUGUUUACUGUCACCAGCCGGGUAAGAUUUUCUGUCACCAAAGAGGAUGAUGGAGUGCCAGUGGACUGCAUCAUUGACCACCCAGCUGUAAAGGACCUCCUGGCUCAAAGACACUUGGAAGUGCUAUAUAAACCAGAAGUGAAGAUUGUGGUGACAUAUCCUGACGGUUUAACCAGAGAGGGUGACAAUCUAGAUUUGACAUGUAUCGCAGAAGGAAAACCACAUCCCCAUCAGAUCAACUGGCUGAGAGUAGACGAGGAUGUGCCUCCUCAUGCUGUGGUCACUGGCUCUGAUCUGUAUAUCGAAAACCUCAACAAGUCCUACAACGGCACCUAUCGCUGCGUGGCGUCUAAUGCUGUGGGAGAGGCCUAUGACGACUACAUCCUUUAUGUAUAUGAUGCUCCCACUACUAUCCCCACACCCACCACCAACCCAGUCAACACGCAAGACUCCAGAGCCGGCGAGGGGGCACCGCAGAAAAUUGACCAUGCUGUCAUCGGAGGAGUGGUUGCCGUGGUGAUGUUUGCCAUCCUCUGCGCGCUCAUUGUUCUUGGUCGAUACUUUGCCAGACACAAAGGAACUUACUUCACACAUGAAGCCAAAGGGGCGGACGACGCAGCUGAUGCAGACACGGCCAUCAUCAAUGCGGAGGGUGGACACAACAACACAGACGAGAAGAAGGAGUACUAUAUCUAAACUGGACAGGCCAGGAGAGACGGGUGGGGAUGCUGCUGGUGGUGGUGGUGGUGGUGGUGCUUUAGGAGCAUAAUGUCUAACUCUGAUUGGUUAUGAGAAGGCUUGAGGGCGGGGAGGGUGAGAUUUAAAGAGGAAGCGAAGAAAGUGGAAAGUUGGGACUGGCGUGGCCAAGUGGUAAGAAGAGGCGUUUGCUAAGUCUCCUAUCCGACCCCUCCUGGACUGCUGGGGCCUAUUCUGUACAGUUCAAUUAUUUUACAGACAAUUUUGUGCCUUGUUCUAUUUCUUUUCUUUAUUUUGUUGUUUUUUCCCCCUUCACGUGCUUGCUGGAUUGGAUUUUUUUUUUUUUUUUCAAUGUACUCCACUUGAUCCUUUGGCUUUCGGAGAUCAAAUGGGCCUGGUGUUUGUCUAUGUGUGCUGCAGCUAGCUUUUAGCUCACGUACCCAGAUCCGAGGAGCCAGCUCAUACCAAUUUCUUUUUUCUUUUCAUUUUCUGAAUCAUCUCCAGAGUUCAGUAACUGGAACACAAUGUCAACACAUUUCUCCCUGCUGGGUCAAAGUCCAAUGGUCCCUGCAAAUUCAUCACAGAUUGGUUUUGACAUAUCGCAGCGCAAAUUUCACUCAUCCCCCCCCGUCACCCCUUUGAGGUCAGGUUCACUGUGUUAAAUACUAAUGUAACACUUGUGAGUAAUCAUGCUCAUCAUAGAAUGUAUUUGUUCCUGAAAGUGAAGUAGGAGUUCUGCUAAGUAUCAUUUCACACCAAGCCGCAGAGUACAGCUGGUCCCUCGCUGGUUUCAAGAAAACGUCCAAUGGUUAGUAGAUGUGAGGUCAGUUUAGUAUUUGUUUAGAGUACUGUGGAGUUCAGUCUAUGACAUCCUGACAGCUGUAAUGUGCCAUGAUAUAGAGUUAAAGUUUCUAUAGAGAAUCACUUAUUGUUUUUUGGAACUCUGUAUCAGGUUUGUUUCUGCUGAUUAGGAGGACGGCAGU